AUGUCUGCCUCUGUGAAUCCCUCCCUCUUCGCGAACUGCACUGUCUCCACGUGCCCGCUAUCGACAUCCUACUACAAUUAUCGCAUCAAUCUGGCUGCAAAUGCAGUGUUUGUUGGUUUGUUUGGGCUGACCUUCAUCUGGUUCUUCGCUGUCUGGGCCUACACGCGACGCGGCUUCUGGUUCAUGUUUGCCAUGGAACUGGGCAUCAUAACCGAGAUCAUCGGAUAUGCUGCACGCGUGAUAUCGUGGAAAAACCAGUGGAACCAGAACGCUUUCCUUGCCCAGAUCGUCUGCAUCACUAUCGGUCCAGCCUUCCUGUCGGCGGGCAUGUAUCUCUGCCUCAGCCGUAUCGUGGUGAUCUAUGGAGAAGAGAACUCUCGUCUACCGUCAAGGUGGUACACUCGAUUGUUUAUCCCCUGCGACGUUCUGUCACUCGUCCUCCAAGCUGCAGGUGGCGUCAUGGCUUCCAUCGCUCUCCAAGACAACAAGUCCCUUACAACCGGCGACAACAUCAUGAUCGCUGGCUUGGCAUUCCAGGUCUUUACUCUCCUCGUAUUCAUCGGUCUCUGUGCAGACUUCAUGAUGUCCUUGCACCAGAGGAAGCGUGAGCUUGGUGCUGCAGUUGUCCUGCCGCAGGAUCCAGCUUUGACAAAAGUCCGCGACUCGUGGCAAUUCAUGGGAUUCAAAGUUGCUUUGGGACUUGCUAUUAUGUUGGUUCUGUGGCGUUGCUCGUACAGAGUUGCGGAGCUGAAUCAAGGCUGGACUGGACCCAUUACAUUCAACCAAUAUCUGUUCGUAGGCAUGGAGCCAGUCCUGAUUACGGCAGCAGUGUACGCUCUUGCUCUCUUCCAUCCUGCACUUUGCAUGGGAGAAGCGAUGAGCCUCAAGAACAAUCUGACAAUUUCCCGAUUCAUGAAAAGCAGGCUGUGA